AUGGAAAACAUCAGCACUUCUCCUCUUGAAGAGUCCAACUGCAGUACCUGGGACCAGCGCUGGGGGGCGGCGUACCUUCAAAAAUUGGCGCACCUGGACCCAGAGCUUUAUCACGACUUCUAUGCCGUUUGGGUUUCUCUCAUGGUGUGUAACGGGGUGAUGCUGGUGGUCGGGCUGUCUCUGAACUCCGUGGCCCUGUACAUCUUCUGUGGGUCCUGUGAGCGGCCCUCGGGCUCUGUGGUCUACACCAUAAACCUGGCUGUUGCUGACCUGUUGGUGGCGCUGUCCCUCCCCGCUCGUAUCGCGCUGUAUCACAGUGGAGGCAGCUGUGUGCUCUGUUCUUACAUCCACAAUUUCAGCUACUUUGUCAACAUGUACUGCAGUAUUCUGUUUCUGACCAGUAUCUGUGUAGACCGGUACCUGGCUGUGGUCCAUGCGUCCAGUACUAUCCAUCGAUGGAGGACCGCAGUGACAGCGAGGUUCGUGAGCUGCACCGUGUGGUUCAUUGCGAUUGUGGUCACCUACUCCUUUCAGACCACAGCUCUUGGGUCCAGCUCUUCCUGCGUGCUGCUCCCGGCCCUCUUCUAUCUCACUGUUCUAGAGUUCUUGCUCCCCCUGCUGGUCGUGAUGGGAUUUACUCUGCGUGUAGCAUGUUUCCUGUCAUCUCGACACAGACAUGUGUCUCAGAAAAGUCGAGCCCGAAGAACACGUGCCAUCGGACUUCUAGCCACGGUCCUUGUGGUCUUCACUAUUUGCUUCACCCCUUUCCACGUUCGUCAGGUUCUGGUCUACUUCCGGGUUCAGGUGGAGGCGGAGUCUCCUGACCAAGGGGCGGGGCAUGUUUUGGCCUAUCACAUCACAGUCACUCUGAGCAGUCUGAACAGCUGCCUGGACCCUGUGGUGUACUGCUUUGUGACUGACAGCUUUAAGAGGGUGUGGCGGGCCAGGUGCAGAGGAGGUGGUGCUGUGGAUGGAGAAGCAGGUCCAACAAGCGCCGAAGAGCCCGACCCAAACUCUGUGAAGAAAUGCUCUGGGACUGCACUCGCCAUAGCUCACAGUGUGGCCACCAUCACAGUGACUGGACGCCCACCGCCAGCUGACAGCGUGGAUCACAGCGUGACAACCACACCAUAA